GCACCCCCCGAGGUUGUAUUCCGGCCAGCCCCACCUCGUUGUCGUCGUCGUCGCCUUCGUCGUCUUGUCUGUGUCUGUGUCUGGACAUCGGUCCGUAGCUAGUUUGUGGGAGCAGGACUUUUGUUCAGUUGCAGUGCCGAGUUUCUUAGUGGGUAGUGGUCGUGUGAUUGUGUCAUGAAUCGCAUUGUGAUUUAGUCACGUAUUGUGUUUAGUGUAGCAAGGUAAGUUGUGUUGUUAGGUGUUUGUCUACGCACUCAUCUCGAAUUUUUGAUUCGUGGCUCUUCUUUCGAAGUUUCCUGUCGCUUGUAAUCUUUCUUGAGAGGGAUCUCAAUCUCCAGCGAAGGACGAGUUGCAGUCUGUCUUUUAGGUUAUUUUGCUGUGCAGUGUAGCUAAGUUUGCUGGAUUUUUAGCUGGUAAGCAUGAACUAUCACGCCCUCAGCCGCCGGGAGCUUCAGGCAUUGUGCAAGCAGCACAAGAUUCCGGCUAAUAAAACCAAUGUGUUCAUGGCUGAUUCUUUGACUGCCCUGCUGAGUGUCGCCGAGAAAGGGAAGGCAACAGAGGUCAACGCUCCUACGAAGGAUGCUUCGACGGAGAUAAUUGAGGAGUCCAUGGAGGUUGUCGUUGAUACAGGUGACUCUGAAGAUGUCUUCAUCAAAUCACCCGAUGCAAAUAACAGGAAAAACCAAGUUGAUUCUGGUAUCGAAGACAUGUGCAGCGCAGUGAAGCCGCGUAUGAAAAGAGUCUCAGCUAGGGUCAUGGUUGUACCUCUAUCAAGCUUGACAGCUGCUGAAAACAUACCCACUAUCAAAUCUUCUGCGGUAGAGAAGGCGAGACUCACAGUCCGUGCCGCCAGAAAGCCCGCUCUGAAGUCGAAGAAUGCCAGAGCUUUAGUCAAGGCUGCUGUUGCCCCAGAUAGUCCGGGAAGUGACUAUGCGGCAAGUAGCAUUACCCAAGAAGAUGAACCCGAAGUCCUGGCAGAGGUAGACUUCGCAAUUCGACGCGAUCGUUCACAACGACUAUUCGAUUCCGUGGAAUUCGAGGACAGAAAUGAGGGCAGUGCAUGUCUGGCAGAUGCUAAAGUCUUGAAAGUUGAGAGCAGAGUCGGAGGCAAUAAAAUUGAUAUGCAGGGUACCUACCAGCCCACUGAAGCCGAAAAUGUCAUUCUGGCUGAAGUGGUAGAUGCCGUGCAGCCUGAAGGCACCCUCAGUAGACUUGCACCAUCCCUCACACCUUCAGAGGAAAUCACUGGAAAAAAAACUUCACAGAAGGUUUCGUCGCGCAGGGUUACAGCCAAGAGAACUGUGACCGGGAAGAAGGCUGCUGUGAACGUGUUACCGGUAACUAGUAUGAACAUUCCUGCUGCACCCGAAGCCGUCUCCAUCAUUCAAUCUGGAGCUAAUCAAGGUAAACUUCAAGGAGGUGGUAGAGUCAGGAAGGGGGCCCUUGUAGCCCCAUCACCGGUUGAGAUGAAGACAUUCCAUGCAGCUCCAGAGAACGUGCGACUCAAUGGACCGCUUCAGUCCCAGGAAAUGCUAACUGAGUCUCAAGCUCACGAGGUUGAGAAAUCCAAGCCUGCGAAUAAGGGAGACAGGAAGGCGAGGAGAGUAGCGCCUGCUGCAUUACCUUCAGAACAAGCUCCUGCAAUUGAUAACGACAGGCGGCUCAAUGACGUUGGGGAUUUCCACUUUGAUCUAGGUCAAGCCGUGAUAUACGCACUGCAAGAAGAGAAGGCCGCAGAACCUAAUCUGACAUCUAAGAAAGGAAUGAAGGCAGAGAAUGGAUCCUGUGUUGCACUACCUUCGAAUGAGGUGGAGACUUCUCCGGCGGCGUUCGAUAAAGAGGAGCUCUGCGAUGAUAUUCAAAUCAUAAAGUCUUCCGUCAAGGAACCUAAGCCGGCAACCAGGAAAGGCAAGAAGUCGAAGAAAGGAGCUCGUUCGACGAAUCCUCCAGUUGAGAUUGAAGCUGCACCAGCAACAGUCUCUGAAGUAGAUCCCCACGAUGGUAGAACUAUUGGACUCGCUGACCAGGGACACUCUGCUAACCUGGACAAGGAGCCUGAGUGUGUCGAGCCCAAGGCAGUCACCGAGAAGGCGUUAACAGCAAAGAGGAAAGCGAAGACCAAAAGGACAAAAGCCAAGGCUAGAUCUCCCGUUCUUGAGGUUUACGUGGACACUGACUUAGCGAAAAAAGGCGUUUCUGAUGCAGUAGAGCCAGAAUCUCUGAAACGCCUGGCAAAUUACAGCGAUGACCCAUCCUCGCCCGUGAAGAGCCCCUCAUUAGCAGACAUGAAAGAUAGCUCCCCAAUGAAGAGCCCUUUGGUCAGCCACAUGGGAGAGGAUUCAAUCUCUCCAGUGAAGAGUCCUUCUCUAGCCCACUUGGUAGACAACUCCCCACUCCGAUGUCCGUCGCUUUUGUAUAUGGAGAAUGGGUUGGACUGUGGAAGCAGCAACAACGAGCUUAACGAAGGUGCGAACCAGGUUGCCCUCAGACUCAGUUCUGUUGGGACGAAUACGUAUUGUGCUGGUGAAGCUGACAAGGAGAACUCUGGCAGGAAGGUUGGAACUGAGGUCCCGAAGAGCCUGCGCAAGCUUCGGAAACAAGUGAAAGAAGCGAUAAUUAAGAAAAAUAUCACACCUGUUUCUUCUCCGCUAAAAGAUAUUUCUCUAAAUCUACAAUCACCGCAACCGUUACUGUCAACAUCCUUUUCAUUCCACUACUAAGGCUUGCAGAGCAAAAUACCAAGCUAAGAUGAGAGCUGACCAGCUCGUUCAAAGUGAACGAACGACGUGAAAAAAAGUCAGCGAAGCGCACUGGUUCACACACUGAAACUGUGACUCGCGCCAUGUAGUAUCUAGAGUGGUAGAGCACGAAUUGGUAAUGCUCUUCGCAUCAACGGCUUGCAUCGUUGUGCAAGGUACCGCCCUGCAUCUGAAGACCACUGCGAUGAUGUCUCCUCAAAUGCCUAUUCAAGGCAGAUAUUGUUAAGAUGUUCAAUUACGUGUACAAAUUACUCGAACGGCAUUCAAACAAAGUAGGUUGUCAGUAGGGAGUACAUAGCCUACCGUGAUGGACUUGUUCAAAACGUCUUGAACUGCUUAGAAAUUGUAAUGUCUGCGGACAUUUUGGCGAUUUGUGGUAGAGUAAUACGCAUUUUUCUGUUUCACGAAAUCCUUAUCCUAAUUCAAUGAAAAGCCGGCAGUUUCUUACUGUUUCGGACCGCACUGAUAUGAAAUGUGGUUAUCCAU